UCUAUUGUUACUGUACUCAACACUGAUUCCACUCUCCCUUCUUCUUCUUCUUUUUAUUCUCCAUUAAUCUUCACCACAUCCAUUAUUCCAACAUUCUCCAUUAAUCUACAGAGAGAAACAAAGAGGAGGCGAAAUGAUACCUGGAGUUGGAGUUCAUCUAUGGAAACAGAGAAGAACUUACUGUCGACACAAUCACGACUACGAAGACGACGUUACUCCAUCUUAUUAUUAUUACAGAUCUUCUUCAUCGCAGUUAUCUAUUGCUGCAGCAGUAGAAACUCAUCAUUAUAUGGAUCAAACCGCUCUGGAAGCUCGACAACGACUCGACGAGAAACUCCGUCAUAUUCGUCCUUCAAGAUUGAAUCUACGUAAAGAAAAUGAAAUGAUCGGAAGACCAGGAAGAAGGAAAGUAUUGGUUGGAGAUUCAAAUGAUGACGAUGAUUGGAAACAACUUCUUGGAGGAGUUUUGAGAGAUAUUAUGAGCUUGAUGUGAAGAUGAUGAUCAUCUUCUUCAUUAAUUGUGUAUAUCAAAUAUUAUUUACUUUUUUUUAACUCAAAUAAAUACAAUUACCAAUUAACCAUUAACAAUUUCAUCAAUAUUAUUCACUUGAUGAUGCAUACAUAAAUUAAUAAAACUUUUAUAUGAAGAUUCA